UUUGCCUGUCAACGUGUCAAUCUCUCAUGUACAGAUUACAAUGAAAACAUUCAUGCCGGUGUAUAAUUUAAACAAGGCGGCCUUCAUUUUCAUUUUCUGCAGCAUUUCCGCAGCUGACAACCAAUCUUGAAAAGCAACAAAAGGAUUGUAUCAACAUUGUUAUCCCGACGGAGAUUUGGAUACAUGAACCACUGCAUUAUAUACGCGACUUCUAUAUAUGUUUAUUUCUCCUGCAUUACAAAAUUAAUAAAUAUAAUAGAAUGACUGUACUGUGUUCGUGUCCAUCAACUUCGGCAUGUGGACGUGCCCUGCUGUAUGGAAUCCCUUCAUACCUAAAACAACAGGCUUGACUACUUUCGCUCAAACUCGCUUAAAAUACAAUUUACUGGGACACUCAUUUCUCAAUGUUACACGAAUCAAGAGCCCCGCUCUAUAAUAAGGAACGCAAAUCUCCAUACCCUCCCAUCUAACAGAAUAUCUUAUCCUUUAUUCCAAACCCAGCAAUGGCUUUCAAGCUCUUGCCCUUUCUUGCACUCUCAUCUUUUUAUUACCUAUUUCUUUCCUCGUUUCUGUUGUUAUCUACAGCAGUACCCCAUCAGCAUGGAAGAGCUCAAGUUCCUCCAGAAACCGUCUGCGACACCACACAACACCCUUCUUAUUGCAAACAUGCUCUCGCUCAUCACCACGGCAACAACGUCUAUGACUAUGGACGUAUCUCUUUUCGAAAAUCCUUAUCUCACUCUCACAAGUUUCUCAACCUAGUGGACUCCUAUCUUCAAUAUCCCUCCUCUCUGUCUCAGUCCACUAUCCGAGCUCUUCAAGAUUGUCAAUUCCUCUCUCAACUAAACUAUGAAUACUUAUCAACCUCCUAUUCCACUGUCAAUCGAUCUAGCUAUGUUCUUCCCUACUCCAAAGCCGAAGAUAUUCAAACCAUGCUCAGUGCCAUUCUCACGAACCAACAGACUUGUUUGGACGGCCUUCAGACAACGGCUUCAGAUCCGAGACUGAAGGACCGUCUUUCCGGUUCACUCCUAAACGACACUAACCUUCACAGCGUCUCACUUGCUCUGUUCGUGAGGGGCUGGGUUCCUGAAAGGAAAAACAAACCGUCAUUUUCGCGCAAUUUAGGUUUCCAGAAUGGACGUUUGCCGUUGGAGAUGUCAAAGCCAGCACGUGACAUUUAUGAGUAUGCCAGAAGAAACGGGAGAAAACUGCUCCAAACUGUGACCGACGUUGCAAGCGUCGUGAUAAGGGACAUCGUGAUCGUUAGUCAGGACGGAAGCGGAAACUAUUCCACCAUUAACGACGCCAUAGCAGCUGCCCCCAAUAACACCGCAUCUGCGGAAGGCUAUUUCUUGGUUUAUAUCACGGAGGGUGUGUAUCAGGAAUACGUAAACAUAGCGAAAAACAAAAAGAACUUGAUGUUACUGGGAGAUGGAAUUAAUCGAACAGUCAUCACGGGCAAUCGCAGUGUUGUGGAUGGGUGGACAACAUUCAAUUCAGCAACAUUUAUUGUGGUAGGACAAGGGUUUGUGGCAGUGAACAUAACAUUCAGAAACACGGCAGGUCCAAUCAAAAGACAAGCAGUGGCAUUAAGAAGUGGAGCGGACAUGUCAACUUUCUACAGUUGCAGUUUCGAAGGCUACCAGGACACCCUAUAUACGCAUUCUAUGAGGCAACUUUACAGAGAGUGCGACAUAUAUGGAACUGUGGACUUCAUAUUUGGCAACGCGGCUGUUGUAUUACAGAACUGCAACAUAUACCCACGCUUGCCCAUGAGUGGACAAUUCAACGCAAUCACAGCACAGGGUCGAACCGACCCAAACCAGAACACGGGCAUUUCCAUACAGAAUGCCACUAUAAAGGCUUCCGACGGUCUUAUUGAUGCUUCCCAGAAUGGGACGGUGAAGACGUACCUCGGGAGGCCAUGGAAGGAGUACUCGAGGACGAUUUACAUGCAGAGUUUCAUGGACGAUUUGAUAGAAGCUUCGGGUUGGCGGGAGUGGAAUGGGAAUUUUGGUUUGGACACGCUGUACUACGCAGAAUAUGACAACAGGGGACGUGGUUCGGCCACCGGGAACAGGGUGACGUGGCCCGGUUACCAUUUGAUUAAUGCCUCCGAUGCCGUUAAUUUCACGGCGGCUAACUUCCUGCAAGCUGAUGCUUGGCUGCCGCGCACCGGCGUCCCCUUCUUCGCUGGUUUGAUUUAGAUCCAUUCUUACAACCACGCUGCUCUGUUUUCCCAUUGGAAUGAGUAGCCACGCUCCACUUUACAAGUCUCUGAGCAUUGUUGAUCAUGGUUAUUAACAUUACAGAUGUUUGCUCCUCCUCUUUCUGACAAUACCUUAUUUUUUUCAGUAUUCGGAUUCUCAGAUGAUUAGCAUGCUGGACCUUUUAUAUUUAUUUCCUGUGGGCGAUGGCAUGUAUGCAUAAAUGUAUUUUGCAUUGACAAAGCAAGACCGUGAUGGCUGUUGAUGAUGUUGCGGUGAUUGUCCGCUAAAAGAAAAGAACACGACUGUAUAUUCAUGGUGCCGA